CUCUGUAACAGAUUUUCGUGUCACACCGCGGCGCCGUGACCCGUUUUGUGAACAGUUCUAAAGAUGCUGGGCAAUAGAUUAGCGUAGCCUAGCUUAGCCACUUAGCCGGAAUAUGCGAAUUAAAGGCAGGAGGCAGUAAAUGUGGACAGCUUGAUCUGGAUUUCGGGCUGGAACUCAAGAAAGAUGGCUGGAAUUAUUAAAAAACAAAUCCUGAAACAUUUAUCCAGGUUUACGAAGAACCUGUCUCCAGAUAAGAUCAACCUGAGCACACUGAAGGGAGAAGGUCAGCUCUCCAACCUGGAGCUGGAUGAGGAGGUUCUGCAGAACAUGCUGGAUCUGCCCACGUGGCUCUCCAUCAGCCGUGUCUACUGCAACAAAGCGGCCAUCAGAAUCCAGUGGACAAAAUUAAAGACGAGCCCCAUAUGCCUGUUUCUUGACAAGGUGGAAGUAGAGAUGAUGACGUGUGAGGAGCCCCGCCCUCCUAAUGGUCCUUCCCCCAUUGCCAUCACCGCAGGUCAAAGUGAGUACGGCUUUGCAGAAAAGGUUGUGGAAGGCAUGUCAGUCAUCAUUAACUCCAUCGUUAUUAAAGUGAAGUCCAAAGCGUUUCACGCCUCCUUCGAACUCUGGCAGCUUCAGGGCUUCAGUCUGAACCCUAAGUGGCAGAAGAGUGACCUCCGAUAUACACGAAUCACACACCCUAAGAGAGGAGAGGUGCUGACCUUUAAAGAAAUUAACUGGCAGAGUUUACGUAUCGAAGCAGAUGCUAUAGAGAGCCAGGAACAGGAUUUGGGGAACACACCGCUACGCCUCAUUACCAACCAGGGGCGCAUCCGGAUCGCCCUUAAACGCAGGGUGAAGGACUGUAAUGUUCUGGCAUCAAAGCUGCUCUUCAUCCUGGAUGACCUGCUGUGGGUUUUGACCGACUCACAGCUUAAAGCCGUCAUCCAUUACGCUAAAUCUCUGAGCGAGGCCAUGGAGAAAUCCGCACAGCAGAGGAAAAGCAUGGAGACAGUCCCCACCUCUCCUGGACCGCGUCCACCAUGGCCAGAGCCACACCCAGCCCCUGUGGCCACGCCCAACACGUUAGCAGAGUAUUUCGACCUGUAUGAUGUGAAAGAGUCGUCGUAUCACACGUUUAUUUCUCGCCUUGACCUGCACAUCUGCAACGACAGCUCAUCAUCAGAAACAGAUGAACCACCUAUUCCAGGCUCCCAGGGUGCAAUGCAGCUGACCUUUCGUAAACUGGGCUUCGAUUAUUACCCUUUCCACAGACCAAGCGAUGGUUGUCGACAUUGGGAGCGUUACUGCAGUGCCUUGGACUCUCGCACUCAGUGGGCAUCCAAACUACUCCAGGAUUUUCAGAAGAAACUGGAGAGCUCAGGAUUUCCUCAACCUCCAUCAGAACCUCGUGAGCCCAACACGCAGUCUCCAGCCAAAAAAAUACACGGUAACGGAGAGUCUGUAACAAACGCUGAUCAAAGUUUGGCUUUGAAGAAACUCCGCUCCAGCUGCAUGGUGAUCCGUGUGGACGAUCUGGACAUCCAUCAGGUGUCCACCGGGGGGCGUCACAGCAAGAAAACCCAGUCGCUUUUAUCAUGUAACCGCAAAGUGCCGAACAUGGCGGAGAACACGCCUGCGAUCCACCUGCAGUUUACUGAAUAUUACGUCCCUCACAGCGCCAGAGGACCUGUGCCCUGCUCUAAUCUGUACGGUCAGCUGAACGGUCUGCAGCUGUGUGUUGACGCUGCGAGCGUGUUGUGGAUGUAUGCGUUUUGUCGUGGCUUGCUGACGACUCUGGAGCAGGUGAAGGCCUUUUAUCACCUUCAGGACAGCAGCAAGAGUGACGAACAUGUGGAUGUCAGAGUGGACGCUACUCACCUGAAGCUGAUUGUUCCUCUGGACUCGUCCAUCUUGGAUCAUCCUGAUCGUCCACAGGCUCUGGGUUUCACUCUGUCUCAGGCAUUUGUGAGCAACACCCCUCACUCUCCUCACUCGUCGUUCUCCGAUCUCGAGUCCACCUUCUCUUCUUUUUCCUCUCAGCCUUUUUUCCGACCCUCAUCGAGCUCUCCUUUUCCUCGUGACCAGAACACCUUGCACCCUCUCCCUGCAGCUUUUCUAAAGUCCGAUCCCUUGCUCUCACUUUCACGUUCUUCUUCACGGGACGUCUGGAGUCUCAGCCUGUCCAGAGCAGCAGGGUCUUUUGAGGGCGCCCGGCGAGGAGGCAAAGCACCGCCGUUCAUGGAGCCGUUCGCUGCGUGUGUAUGGAUGUGUCGCCCGCAAGCUUUAACAAAGUCGUUAAGUCAGGACGGAUCGUUUACAAAUGCAGAAAACGGGACCUCAGAACCGUCCAAUCACGACACCCCGUCAGCAUCCAUCCACUUCCUGGUUCAAACAAUCACUCCAAUCCGAAUGUGGCUCAGUCAUUAUCAAUAUGUCGCUCUUCUCCGGAUGAAGGAUUACCUCGCUAGGUUAGCCUCCGACCUCAAUCGCUUUCCGAGUGCAAAGACUAAAAUGCCAGCUCCACCCUCAGUGUGUGUAUCACUCCUGUUAGAGGCGCUGGAGCUCGGUUUGCUCCUUCCGCCCAUCGUCGGGAAAACGGAAGAAGAAGAAGCACCAGAGGAAACGGACACGCAAAGCCUGACGGACUCUGAUCUCUCGCCAUCGCGCCCAGACAGCGGGAUUGUGGGAAGCACUGAAAAAGCAUUGGAGCAGGAGGAGGAGGAGUGUGAUGGAGCAGGGGAGGGGCCUGUAGAGGAGGCGUGCGAGGCUGUUGAAGAAGGAUUGGAUGAAGGCAACAGUCAGGGAGGCGAUUCACAGGUCACAGCAUCAGUCGUCUCACCGCCGCUGUCUCCAGCUACAGUGCAGAAUCAGAACACUUCCAUGGUCAGCCUGGAGGGGGAACUGUCCAACGCGCUCAGCGUGACCAAAGACGUCACUAAAGACGCUCUCAGCGCUUCCCUGGACCUCACCAAGGGGGCGCUGUCCAUCACUAAAGACGCUUUCAACAUACUGAGCCGUGGCUCUGCCAUGAGCAAAAUAUUCAGCACUCAGAGCAAAGAACCAGACGACUCAGCCCUGCGUCUCCCACCCCUCAAACACUCGCUUUCCCAGAAUUCCUGCGACAGUGUGGUCAUGGACGCCAGCAUGACUGACGAUGGCCUCUCACUGGACAGCGACACCAGUGAAAACUUCAUCAUCCUCACAGACUCAGAGUCCGCUCGUCCUAACGGCACUCCCGUCCACUCUGUGAGGACAGACGGAGGAUCAUCAGCUGAUCUGAGCAGCUCUCUGUCUCACAGCACUGAGGACAUGUCACAGGAUAUGGUGUGUGUGAUGAUGCUGUCUCUGCGUGCUGUUCGCUCCCUCGUGGAGCUCCAUGAGCAGGACACAGUGGUAGCGAUGGAGGUUCAGUCUGUUAGUCCAAAGCAGCUUGGAAACCAGCGAGUGGUGGAUCUGCAAACACUCACACACGGUGCUUCCUCUCCACCAGUGUCCCCCAUGUCCCGCCCCCCAGUGGUGUGUGUCAGGGUGGAGGCGGGGCCAAGGGCGGGGCGUCACUGCUGUAUGGCAGAGAGUACCGGUUUCAUAGAGGUGUGUGUGCGUGGGUGCGAGGCCGAGCUCCUCACCUCAACAAUAAACACACUCGGUCCGUUCAUGGAGGACGAGCUGAACUCGGACGGCCAGCCAAUCAGAAUCACCGUACACAACACCCGCAUCACGCUCAAGGAUGACAGCCCCCGUGUGUAUCCCACUGCCCCCCAGCCUGUUCCUGUCUCCUUUGUCCUAGAUGGUGUAGUUCUGGAGCGGCUGGACGAUGCAGUGCUUAUAGUCAGACCCACUGCCAGCCAAUCAGGAAACAAAGCCUGUUGUCGACCUGAAGGAGACGACAAGAUCCAGUCCCUACAGUCCGAGCUUGCUGACGUUCACUCCACCCUCUCCGCUGCCAUCUCCGACCGAGAACGUCUCUUACAAGAAAUCCACAAAUACGACCCGUCCUUCACGCUAUGACCUCACACCACUACUGGGCACAGGUCAUAAGUCAUGGCCUCAUUAGAGAACAAAAUGUGUGUGUGUAAGGAAAGAUCGUUAUCAGUGUCCUGUUCCUGUCCUGUUGACAACCAGGUGCCAUGAAGAGCUUGUUACGUGUUUACUUCCUGUUACUUAGUGACCGGUACAGUAUUAAUGCUUUUUAUUUUAUAUGAAUUUUCUUUUACUUUGUUGUAAAUUGACCGGUACAGUUAGUGUUAGGCUGCUAAUGAGAUGCAUCACUGCAGUGUGUGUGUGUGUGUGUGUGUGUGUUUAUCGGAAGUGUUAGAGGUGAAGACGCAGCACUGGACCUCAGUUUUAUUUCAAGUGUGUGUGUGCAUGUGUUACAUUAGUCAUAUGUUUGAUUUAAGUUUUAGGGAUUCGUGUCUCACACACACACACACACACACAGUCAAACCAACAUACUUUCAUUGCAUGUGCCAAUUUAAAAAAAAAUCCAUAAUAUAUUUCUCAACCUUUUAACACAGUUCAUCAAAUCAAACUAACAUUCACAAUUUUUUACACAUACAUCCAACAAUUUUUUUCCCCUAAUAGUGCAGAGGGUUUUGUAAAAAGUGCUAAUAAGAACACAACCGUAAAUGCUAGAUGAAGCACAGUAGUGCUGUUGUGUGUGUGUGUGUGAUUAAUAUCACAGUGUAUCAGUAAUCGGUGCAUGCAUGCUUUAUUUUUUAGUAUUUUUUUAAAAUAAUGUUUUGGUACUGGAAGUGUGUGUGAGGCUAGUUCUAAGCUCUCAUUUUUUAAAACUUGAUUUGCACAAACCUGAAAAUGUGAGGCGCGAGGUGUUGGUGUUGACCUGCAUGCUCCACUCUCUCUACCUUUAGCUGUUUAGGUGUUAAGGCGUGUGUUGGGAUUUGGGGUACGAGUGGCCCGGGAUGUGAUGUUACAGCACCGGGGGGUCAUUUAAGGUGGUGUUGUGUAAAUACGUUUACUUUAUUGUUAAUGCAGACUUAUUGUUUCUGCAAUUCAGCCUCAUAGAUUAAUUAAAGUGUACACGUGAGGUGGUUAUAGGAAGAUAAUCCGCGACAGGAUGGUGGGAAUGCCGAUAUCAUCCAGGAUUAUUUUCCCAUCACGGCACACCCUGAAGCGUGAAGAGUUACUUCCUGUUAUCCGUUAUUUUACAGUAGCCAAUUUUCUCUUGCACCAAAAAAACAAAAACUCUUGUUACUAAGCAACCGCUUACAAAAGUGCUCACACUGGAGACUCCUUCCUUACACGUUAAACAAAACCUCACCAUUAUCGACGAUGAUACGUUUCGCUUCGUUAAAUAAGAAUUGUUUUUUUAUCCGUCGUAAUUUAUGUGGCUCCUCCCUCAUGCCAGUCGCUCUGUAUUCGCUGUUGCUACAGACACGAUAAUCAACAGUACUGAUAGAACUAUACUGUUAUUAAUAUAAAACUAAUAUUUAUGUUACAGUGGGAACUACUGUCAGAGCUGCUGCUUGAACGCGCUCUGUUCACCGUCAUCCUCAGAAUUCAGCCGUGUCGUGGUAUUAUUUCCGAUAGUGUUCAUUCGCUUACUUAUAAAUCUGUUAAAUCACUCAAAAGACAGACGUUAGAUCUAUCCCAAGGUGACCCCAUGAGCUUAACCAGGACGCUGGAAACUAUUGCACUGUAUCAAGUGUCCUUAACAUUGUAGUGAAGGAAAGUCCAGUGAAAAUAUUCCGAAUCAGGAUGUUAAAGAGGCCCACAUCAGUCCACUCAGUCCAGUGUUGAAUGGACCAGACCAAAAUAUAUACAUCUACUUAAUGUCUACACUGACCAAGCAUAAUAUUAUGACCACCUGCCUAAUAUUGUGUUGGUCCCCCUUUUGCAGUUUGAGCAACAGUAGCUCGUCUGUUGGAUCGGAUCACACGGGCCAGCCUUUGCUCCUCACGUGCAUCAAUGAGCCUUGGCCGAUCAUGAUCCUGUCACCGGUUCACCACUGUUCCUUCCUUGGACCACUUUUGAUAGAUACUGACCACUGCAGACCGGGAACACCCCACAAGAGCUGCAGUUUUGGAGAUGCUCUGAUGCAGUGGUCUAGCCAUCACAAUUUGGCCCUUCAAUCAUUUUUCCUGCUUCUAACAUCAACUUUGAGGACAAAAUGUUGACUUGCUGCCUAAUAUAUCCCACCCACUAACAGGUGCCAUGAUGAGGAGAUCAUCAGUCUUAUUCACUUUCCUGUCAUAAUGUUAUGCCUGAUUGGUGUAGAUACAUCAUAUUUUAAUAGUAAUUUAAGAAUAACACACAAACAGAUUAAACAUAUCGGCAGCAAAAUAAAUAAAUAAAUAAAUAAAUA